AUCGAAGCCAACGAGAACAUUUAUGGUGAGAAUAUACGAGAACUCUACUAAAUAUUCGAACGCUGACCGUGGCCCUGAACUCGUGUCUCAAACCGAGACCAGUCCAUCGAUUGCCUCGAUAUGUUGAGGAGCGAUCGUUCAAUAGGAGCAACUAUGUCAGGCAAUUUUUUGCUGGAAGUGCCCGAAGCAUCUGCAGAACUAUAGCAUCUGAGGAACUAUGCUCGAUGAGAUCGAGCUCAUCGACGUUCAUUGAAUCACCGAAUGUUGCUUAAGAACUCUUAAUUUGCGGACGAAGACCAGAUCGAGGCUUAUGGAGUCAUCCAGUUCUCAUUCGCAUUCUUCUCCUUCUGUCGGUCUUGCCGGACAUUACAGUGAGCCUUCAUUUACCGGGAGAGAAGAGAAUGCUAGGGUAGGGAUCGGGAGGCGUCCACUUCACUACACUGGCCGCGAUGGCUGGUCUUCUCGAAUCGGCUGCAGAACUCUUUAUGCAACAGCGGCAGGCGCUGCUGCUGGAUUUGGUGUGGGAGUGUACAAAGGUGCCGGAUAUGCUAGAUGGAUGGGCAUCAUGAGCACCAAUUUUGCUUUGGUUACUGCGGGCUUUUGUGGAUCGCAAGAACUCGUUCGAGAAAUUAGGGCUGCAGAUCCUGAUGACCCGUUGAACUGUGUGCCUGGAGGGCUCAUUAGUGGCGGUGUUCUUGGUCGCUUACAAGGAGGUCCUUCCAGAGCACUCCCUUGUGCCUUGCUAUUUGCUGUGGUUGGAACAACUCUUCAGUAUGGGGUGAACCGUUUAGAGGAUUAUCGCUUGAGACGAUUUAUCGAGAUUUCGAACCCUGAACUUGUUCCAAAGAAAGAAGUACUCCUGGAGCACAAGGCGGAAACUGUGAAGUGGAAUUUUCCGGAGUGGUUUCCAAUUCAAGUCCUGGAUGUGGAGGCAGCAGCAAAGCGCAAAGCCGAGCAAGAGCUGGAUUUCAAACGUCGAGUGGAUAGCCUACACACAGGAGAAAAAACUUGAGAAUGAAUGUCAGGGCCAUUUGGAGCAUAGUGUAUUAAUACUUACUGAUAUCAUCAUAGCGAUGGGAGUUUUAAGUGGGCGUGAAACUGCCAAUUGUUUUUCACGUUCAGCGAUCAACAUGUACACGAAAGAGAAUGACGGAGAAUGUAGUGAGAUCAAAUAUCUAGCAUUCAAUUUCCCCCGCCGUCGACACUCCCCGCGAACAGUUUUCGGUUUCGAUCAUAGAGGAUUUCAUGGCCCAGAAUGCCCAUUUCCGAGGCAAGCUGCAAGGGGUAACGUCCUUCAUGUCAGAACAUUUUUGAUUCUUACAAUUACGGACACCUAAACAGGAGAUUUCACGACUUUAUAUCCAUCUUGCGUCAGAGAAGCUCUCGAAGUGGGUGUUUAGUGUCUUUUUAGUCGCUCACCUUUGCAUUGCACAUUGCACGCGUUGGUGAAGCCGACAGAUACCCUAAAGAGCAAAAUUGAGGACAACAUUUGACCUGCACUCUCCUUUUCUGUUGCAUAUGUUCAUGAUCUGUCGCCCGUUUGAACUUUCUUUGGCAAGUUUGGCAAACAUGAAGCGAUCCUCUCCUUAUUUUGUCCUUAUGAUAUGAUGUGUUGUAUAUUUAAGCUUCGCAUUCAUGCCAAUUAUCGAGAUUGGGGAGUUGUCUGUUGUUCUACCUGGAGUCCUGUCUGCAGAUGCUGAUAAUGGAUGGAGAUCGUUAAGGGUAGAUGGGAUUCAAUUAUCUAGAUUGUAGAUUGUAGGAGAGUACACCCAGAAGCUAAUAUUGACGAGAAUAUGGAUUCUGGCGGAGAUAAACUGCAGUAUGUGCUUAAGGAGCUGAGGAGGAGUUUAUUUUCAGGUCAUCAAGCAAGCUACUCAUAUUUCAUUCCGUCUAGACAGCGGAAUGUCGAAUGAGUUGCUUGAACAGUCGAAUGUGCAUUACUUGUAUCACCACAGAUUGCUCUGUCCUGAAAACUUGUAACGGUAUACGAUGAAGAGAUCGUGUUGUCGCUUUUAGGCCAGACUGAAUCAUUGCGAGAAUCAGAUGGUGAUCUCAGGUUGACCUUCCGCAAUUCCGUAGUCGUCCUUACGCCUCGUAAAGACGACAGGAUUUGCUGUGGUUGUAAGCAGAAGCAACCGUUGUCCCCAUGGGCGUCCUAGCUCUUAUUGCCUGGACUUUGUUGUUAUAAUAGACUGGACUGCAAUGAAGAUGAACUUUCCGAG